UCACAGGCAGUUUUGAUAAUGGUAAAUGAAACGUAUUCAAAACGAUUCACACGUGUCUCCGUAAACCGGGCAAUAGGAAGACACGUACUUGUGAAGAUAAAGCUGGGCAGGAUGCUUGAUAGCCGCCAUAUCACAGUAAUGGCUCCAAUGAACAAAUCGUCCGAAAACAUGCAAUUGUUGCAUUUCCGGGUCGUUUGAGUGAAACUCUUGCUUCAUUUCAAGUGCGUGAUGAUAACACCGCUUCUCAGUUUUCUUUAAACAAAGACCGCACGAAACCUAGGUUUUCUGGACGAUACAAGUGUAUUUAAACGCGACGGAAUAUAAAGAGGAAGGCCUAUUUCACAGAACCCUAAGAUUCGUAGUAAUCACCAAAUACGAUCCAAUCGCGUAAGCUUCCGCGCAAGCGUUAAUUAAAUCGAUGGAGUGAUAUAUAUUGUAAUAGUUUGUUGAAAGAAGGCGAGAAACAAGUGAGCUAACGCGCAUGUUAGACUAUCAGUGUUCAGUUGCGCUAACGCAUUCGCUCCGGAGUAAUACAAGGGACCAGUGCUACAGAAUAACUCUGCAGAAACUCGAGAGCGUCACUUGCCGUUCGGACUGUAUCAACAUCGAUGCAGCUUGCGUUUGGAAAAUACGGUUUAUACUUCAUACCAAGUAAAGGUAUGCAUCGGAUAGCGAACCUCAUCUUAACGACAUUAUUCCUGGUUUUAUUAUUGAGUAAAGGCACCGGCAGCGUGGAUUGCAGAAAAAUCAUCUUCCAUCCGUCAUGCCGAGGAAUCUACGCUAAAAGGGACUACAGCAUCUCAGACAACUCACAUUUAGAAAACACAUUAGGAUCAUAUGCAAACCUUUAUAGGCAAUUAGGGAGAAGGUUACCUGUUUGGAAAACGGGGGAUGAGGAAGAGGAAGGGGAGAGGGGAAUGGAAAUGGAACUGGAAACAGACCCUGCAGACGACAUGAUGGACAACAGGCCACAUGCCAAGGACAGGCGGCAAGUAGAUGUAUACUAUCUUCCCAUAUACAAGGUCAUCAUGCGCCGCCGAUAAUAACUCCGACGCCUGUACUGGGGUUAACGUCGAGUCUUAUCACACGGAGGCUUGCAUUUUUACGUAUAUCCCAGCUCAAUAUUUAGCCUUUGUUUUCGAGCCACCUUCAAAGACAAGAUAUAAACGCGUUGGCGCUGAUGGGAUGCAUUGCUAAUAAAGCAUGAGACAUUUUACCUGCUGUAUGAUACCUUGACGUACAGUUAAUGGUGAUUGUAUUCAAUGCCUAACAAACGGCGAAAGAAUGAGCCAGAUAUGGGUUUUUUGCAAUAUACGCAUUUCACACAGUGAAAAAGCAUACAUGUAUAGAUUGCUUAAUACAUGCACUAUUAAUCAAAUGGAGAUUUGGAUUGUCAGUUGACAUUAUUUUGACUUGGAAUUAAACAUUUUACAAAAUAUAAGCUGAGUGGUAAAUCUCACCAAGUGUUUGUUUUAAUAAACCCCCAAAACAGCUGUAUAAUUCAGUGGAAUUUCAUCUUGUACAGUCGCAUGGUAUUGCCUCUGUCUGUUGUUUUGACUUUUGAUAGCUUUUCUAUCAUCCCUGCGGCGCUCAAUCAAAUAAAAAUAAUUCAAAAACGAUAUUUAGUGUUUUGGAGUGGCAACAGUGAUUUCUUAAAAACGUUGUUUUGUCUUGUUUCCUAUAAGUAACAAUAUCUGUCUUGACCCCUUUUAUGGGUUCAUCUCCCCACACUUCCAAAGUAAUGAUAUAUGACCACUAUAUCUACCUUCAGUGACACACGAUAUUACUUUGGUUAUAAUGACGCAGUGCUGGAUUACAAACAGUCAAAGAUAUUAGAAAUCUGAGAACCCGUUCUUAUGUGGUCUUCGUGUCCCCUCUUGAUUGGAAAUUUAAUUAUCCAGCGGACAGAGAAUGUUCCAUCAUUCAAGAGACUUUUACCGGGUUAUUUCAGGAUUGCGUCUUUAGAUAAAUAUAUUUGUAUCGAAGGCCACGGGGAUGUCACGAAAACAAUUAAGUCAGAACUUAAGUGUGCCAGAGGCAAAAUCAUGGAGUGAUAAGAAGUGAACUUUUGUAAACUGUAGUGUGAAGUUUCAGAAACAUGCAUAUAUAAAGUGCGAAACGUUUUUACUUCAAAAACAUUCCUUACUGAAUAAUAAAACAAAAUUGCCCACAAUGAGAACUGAAAAUUGUGUAUUUCACUUGUGAAAAGAAUGUCAAAGAUCUGAAUUGCGUCAUACAUGGGAACUGCAAAAUAUACACAACAGAAGAAAAUCACAUUCAGAAUAAAGUGUUUUCAAUUUAUUAAUGCCUGGGCGUUUUUGCCACCAUGUUAUUUCCGCUGAUGCUGAAAUUUAGUCACUAAGUAAUAAAGCACAGCCUAAUAUAUCAGUAACUGCAAAACGCAAGUUCUAUCGACUGAUUCUAAUU